AUGGCGUUGGUUUCGAGGAGUUUUGCAGAAUACUACCGCGAACUCGUCGCGCGGGUGCCAACGACAGAUGAAUUACUGAAGCGUAUCUGCCGAGAGGAGACGGGCGAGCGCAAGCGGAUCGAGGAAGAAUUGGAUGCUGCCGUUUUGGAUCUUUUACACGUUGUGGCUGUUAUGAUCACCGAACGAAAAGAGAAGGAACGCACCGUCGGGCGGCUCGCCUCGUAUGAUAAACACACACUUAUGGUGAUGGAUCAGGAGACCGCAGUGUGGUUGCCUCCAAUACCCCCACGCAGUGUGGUGCCGCUGAAGCGUCGCUUGUAUCCAGGCUUUCCAAAGACAAAGUAUAAUGAGUUGGUGCAGGAGGAGCAGGAACUUCGAAACUGGUUGAUUGGUGUGGAGGCACGUCUUCGUGAGCCAAUUGAGAAGGCAUGUUCAUAUUCGUGGUUUUUGAUCGUUUGUUUGCAGCAAUGUGCGGAACGUGAAGCUGGCGGUCGUUCACGUCUGGAACGGGAAGAGGAGGAGGAGCGUCUUCUUAUUCGCCGUAAUGUAUUUCGUUUGGCACCAUCUGAUUACUUUCGCCAUCUCUGGAUGGAACGCUAUGGGGUGAAAUCAGCCCAUGGGAGAGAGAAGACACUGGAGGAGCUGUGGCAGGAAUCGCGUGAAAUCAUUGAGCAAGAUGAACAAGAAGACUGGCGUUGUAUGCUGCGAUGGCUCUUUGACAUGUAUGGUGUCCGCCUCUUCUCUGUGGCCCGCAGAGAAGUUUCCAGACGAUGUGAGAUUGAGGAAGAAGAGAAUGCGGAGCUUCUCAAACUCCUUCUCGCAGUCUCACGCUCUACAUUUGGUGCUCACUUGAAGCAUGUUGGUGCUGUGGCGUGGCACUUGGGCAGCAAUAUUCCCAUGCUGCGUGAUAUCACUCAACAGGCAGCAGGAUUUCAGUCGUGGGAAGCUAAUGCAACGGCGUGGAAAAAUGUUGUCUGUCUACACGAUGAUUCUGAGAUGCAGUCAUGUGAUGAGGAUGAGGAUGCCCAAGUAGAGAAGAAGGAAGAUCAUAAAAAAAACGACGAAUCGCAAACUGCUGCCCAAGAAUUGGAAUCAGCGCAGUCGAAAAAGGAGGAACAAGUUCUCCACGCCUCGACGGGAAAGUCAUCGGUUAGUGAUGAUGCACCCACAACCACAAACGCUAAUACCAUGAACGGUACGACCCAGUGUACGGAAUGGGAAAAUGGUACUGCCUCUCCAGACAUUGAGAGAGUUCAGAAUCCCAUAGUGGAGGAAGCUCCAGAUAAUGAAAAGGUGCAGGAGAAAACCUCACCUAUUCACGCUUCCUCUGAAGAUGUAUCGAACGCUGGUACAGCUGUCACUCCAGCAAGUAUACCUGAGACUACAAACAUGCAAGAUUCUGCUCAGAACCAACAUCCUCAAGAGUCUGAAAAGGAAGAACAGAAGUCUGAGCCUCCACAGGAGUCUGCGCCUGCUGAACAGCAAGAGGAGUAUACACAGGAAUUGGAUAAGGAGGAGCAGAAGUCUGAGCCUCCACAGGGGUCUGAAAAGGAGGAGCAGAAGUCUGAGCCUCCACAGGAGUCUGCGCCUGCUGAACAGCAAGAGGAGUAUCCACAGGAGUCUGAAAAGGAGGAGCAGAAGUCUGAGCCUCCACAGGGGUCUGAAAAGGAGGAGCAGAAGUCUGAACAUCCACAGGAGUCUGCGCCUGCUGAGCAGCAAGAGGAAUAUCCACAGGAGUCUGAAAAGGAGGAGCAGAAGUCUGAGCCUCCACAGGGGUCUGAAAAGGAAGAACAGAAGUCUGAACCU